UUCAUGAACAGCGGGGCGCGGAGGGGACGCGCCGCCAUCGCGAUCUCUUGCCCGCUUUUAUUUAGUCGUAUUUACUACUUCGAAGCAGGUAGGCUGCGUUGCUGUCGUGACCUCGAACGAAAGACGCGAGUGAAGUGUUUGUGAAAUAAUAGUGCGGUCAAAAUGGGUUGUGGAACGAGCUUUGUGAAAUAUGUGCUGUUUUUCUUCAACCUGCUGGUCUCGUUGCUCGGCAUAGUGCUGAUAGCCAUCGGCGUGGUGUUCGUCGUCAACUGGAAGGUUGUGAAGGACGAAUUGCAGUCACACCUCACCGUCGCGCCAUGGGUGUUCAUCAUCAUUGGAGCUGUUAUGUUCACGAUAGCUUUCUUCGGAUGUUGCGGAGCGAUACGGGAGAGCCACUGCAUGGUUGUCACGUAUGCGAUCUUCCUUCUGGUGAUAAUCAUCGUGCAAGUGGCGCUAGCGAUUCUCAUGUUCGUUUACGGUGACAACAUCAAGAGCAGCAUCGGGAAGUCAGUCGAUACAUUGUUCGACAAGAGAUCUGGCCCAACCGUUGACAAGGCCACCGAGUCCCUCAUCAACAACCUCCAGCAACAGUUCCAAUGCUGUGGCAAGAACGGCGCCAACUACUACGGAAUCGCUGGUGUUGCCAACCUGCCGCCAUCGUGCUGCGACCCUCAAUUCCUCGGCGUCGAGGGACUCUGCACAGCUCUUAACGCGUACGAAGGCUGCUCGACGGUCAUCCCGCGGAAAUACGACGAAUGGAACAAACCCAUCGCUGGUGUUGCCAUCGGUGUUGCUUGUGUCGAGGUGGUCGGAGCCCUAUUUGCGCUGUACCUCGCCAAUUCCAUAAGAAACAUGGACAGAAGGUCACGCUACUAAUAUUUUGUACAUUAAAACUGGUACGCCUAAAACAAUCACAUCACAUGGAAAUUAAGAACAAUUCAACGACAUACAUUAUGUACAAGUUAAUAUAAAGUAGACCAUGUCUCGAGCAAGCCCCACCUUCAAGUCUCGGAAAUUUGCGCCUUCUAUGGAUGGAACUAAGAAAUUCUCAGCUUUGUAUAUCGACUUAAAACUCGAAGAUUAAGAAUUCAUUCACAAUUUUUACCUUUUAUAUAUCAAUAAGCUUGUAAGCUUUUUCAUGGGAUUGUUAUUGAAUUUGAUAAAUACGGUCGUGCGCAUAUUUUUGGAGACAAAUUUUAUAAGACGGUACUUUGUUGUAUUUUCUGUUAUAUAUCUACAUGUAUCAAUAUUAUGUUGACACGGUUAGAUGUACCAAGAACUGUACCUUAUUGCUAACUUAGGUUACGUUUUUUUUUCUUUUGUUACACAUAAAUUUAUUGAUUAUGAAUUGUAAAAUUAAGAUAUUUUAGGUUAGAUAAGCGUCUUUAAUGUUUAUGAACACAGAAAUUAUAUUGUAAUUAAAAAGUAUUUUCUUAAACUUUCAUGUACGUCCAAUAUACAAAAUGUAUUUAAAAUGUUUUAAAAUAUUGCAUUUCUAUAACGUGAUUUAUUGUCGUGUUUCGAUAUUUAUGUAAAUAGACAACCGACGGGAGCAAACAUUGAAUCUAUUUCGAAUCUCUUCGUGCAUUUCCGCUAAAACUGCUUUGUGGAUGACUUUGUUUUACGACGAUAAUUAAAUUUUCUAUAAUAAAA